AGCCACCGCCGCGCCACAGCCGGCGACUUGACAGGUGACAGCCUCUCUCAAAACGCCACCCCGCCGCGCGACCCCGACCCCGAGCAGACUCGCUCGGAUUCGGGGCGUCUCGUCUCAGCGGGCGCGCGCCGCCGCCGCUUCACCUCUCCUACCGCGCGCCGCCGCUGUCUCCACCGAGCACCCGUCCGUUCUUGCCUCGUGCAAGUAGCAAGGUCAAGUAUAUCUGAUAUUAUGCCAGAUUCUCUGGUCAGUCUGGUCUUUACUGGUGAAAUGCUCACUGGAACUUGUGCUGAACCAAAGCAAGAGGUUUAAAGUUUGGCAGUAACAGUCUCCGUUGAGUUUGUGAUCAAUACAUGCUGUUUGACAUUUAGCAACUUUUCUUUUCAAGAUGACCAAAUAUAUGAGGAACAAGAAAAAUUCAUCUCGUCAACUCAGAUCAUCAAAUCAUCAGAAACCCUGCAGCCGUUGUAGUUUCAAGAGAGUUGCCAACCAGGAGCCAACAUUUGCCGCAACAGAGAAAUGUGCGUGGACAGAUGCAACUUGUCCAGUAUGCAUGGAAUUCCCACACAAUGCUGUUCUUCUACUCUGUUCAUCUCAUGACAGUGGUUGUCGUCCAUAUAUAUGUGCUACCAACUUCCAGCUCUCAAAUUGUUUUGAUCAGCUUGUAGAGUCAUGCAGGAACGAAAGCUCCGAGGACCCAGACUCAAUAGAGCUUGCAUGUCCCCUUUGCCGUGGUGUGGUUAAGGGAUAUACGUUGGUUGAGCCUGCUCGGGAGCAGCUGAAUCAAAAGAGGAGGAGCUGCAUGCAAGAUGGCUGCUUAUACAUGGGCACAUACACAGAGCUCUGCAAGCAUGUCAAAAAGAAGCACCCAUCUGCAAACCCUCGCGUGGUGGACCCUGUACAUGCUUUCAGAUGGAAGCGGCUUUUAUUUCGAAGUUCAUUGCAAGAUAUGAUCUGUUCGACGAGUUCACAAGUGCUGCGAAGGUUGUUUUCUACUAUGCUGCAGUAUGACGAGCUUAUGGCAUCUGUUUGGCGUCAAAAUGGUGAUAAUCAUGGCGCUACUAGUGAUGGUUCACUGCAAAGUUCUAGCAGUCUCUGCUGAUCCGUGACCUCUGGACCUCUCGCUGAAUGCAAGAAUCUGGUUUGAUACUGCAGAGAACCUUACAUGGACCCAUGACUUGACCCCUAGAUCCAAAUUGUGACCUGACAAAGCAAUACUGGUCUUCAUCUGUUCUCAGGGAAUAUUCAUUGUCAUCUUCAGAAGAAACAGACUGUUAAGCUUUCAUGGAUUCAAUUAUAACAACCUUGACGUUGUGUUGGUCGAAUGGCGUGUGGCUUCUGUUCAUACUUCAUCUUAGCCUCUUUGUGUCGUGUGAUGCACUGCCGGUGCAUCCCCUCUCCAUUGUAUGACAUUACUGUUUCUUCUGAAAUGUGAACUUUGACUGGUUUACUGUUUAGUUA